GUUUUAAGGCUUCAAUUCUAAUCCUUAUGUAAACACUAUUUAAUGUUGUUUUAAAAAGAAUUAGUUUUACAGUCUUUGAUCAAAGUUAUCAAAAUAAAUGGGAUAUGGUCGAUUACUAUUAUCACUGACACCUUUAUGGAGCUACAUAAGAAUUGAAUAAGCGUCGAAUAGUCUCUAUUUGGCUUCUCAUUUGUCUCCUAACUGGCUAAGUUGAUCAGCCUUGGUAAACAAUUGUAAUUGUACAUCUUACAUUUAACGUUUAUUAUUUUCGCAAUGGAGACUAGAACAAAUAUUUUACUUUUUGUGCCCAAUCUAAUUGGUUAUGCUCGUAUUAUUCUGGCGUUCAUAUCCUUCUAUUACAUGAAAGAUGAUUACUUGAAAGCUUUGUUUUGCUAUUUCAUGAGCGCUUUCCUGGAUGCUUUUGAUGGUCAUGCUGCCAGACUCUUGAAUCAAUCAACUAAAUUUGGUGCCAUCCUUGAUCAACUUACAGAUCGAUGUGGAACGAUGGGCUUGGUUAUGGUUUUGGCCCUUUUCUAUCCCAAGUAUAUGUUUUUCUUUCAACUGGUUAACAUUAUAGAUAUUGCAGGACACUGGCUUCACAUUUGGGUCUCUUUACUGCAAGGCAAAUCUAGUCACAAAUUCAUUGAUCUAAGUGAAAACAAAAUCCUACGAAUCUAUUAUACUUCCAGGCCUGUAUUGUUUUUCAUGUGUGCAGCUAACGAGCUCUUCUUCGUUGCUCUUUACUUGUGUCAUUUCACCUACGGUCCAUUCCGAAUCUUUCCAUUGAUUGCUUGGAUUUCCGGGCCUUUUGCCAUUCUUAAACUUACCAUUACGGUUUUGCAAGGCUUCUCUGCGGUAAUCAACAUUGCCUGUAUUGAUGCUUCGGAGCGAGCAGAAGCAGAGAGUUUAAAAGGAAAACAAAAUUAGAGACAAAUGAUAUUCUCUGGGUGUGUCAAGUUUUGUUUAGAAAAGCAAAAAAGUACUUUAUUUUGGCGAGCAACACGCGAGUGUCAACAACAAAUCAUUAAAACUCAAUAUGACUGUCCUGAAAGAUGAUGAUAAUGAUGGCGUUUAACAGUAAAUAAGACUUAUAAAAGCUGAAGGAAUGAGCAGAUGUUAUCAUAUUAUUCGUAUUACAAUAAAAAAAAUACACUUAACACAAAUAACUUCAUUCAUUUUUAAUUUGAAAUCAAACAUCAUUAAGCACAAAUAUUGUACCAAAUGAAGCCUCCCGCCCCUCCUCAUGGACAUUACCCACCAGCAUGAUGAUCAUCAUCAUCUCUAUCACUCUAAUCCUUUUGGUUAUUUUUUAUUUUAUUUUACCUUUUAACCACGGUUUAUCAUCUUUAUCAUUUGGAUCACUCCCUCAUAUCAUCAUCCUGGUCUUUCACAUGCACUAUCAUCAUCAUCAUCUCUCUCUUUCCCUCUCACAUUUCGAUCUUCCCGCUCAAUAGCAUUUCGUUUACUCAACAGACCAAGUUUAUACACUUUGAAUAGAAAUAAACUUUAUUCUAUUGUCA